ACCGUGCCGAUGGGGAACGCAGCCGCUCCGUGCCGUAGCCAGGGUGAAAAACCUCAUCCCCCCAGUACCUGCCACGCUGCUUUGCUUAGCAGCCAGGAAGUUCAGGUUUGCUGGUCCUCUGACACAUUUCAGAAUGCCACUGGUAAAAAGGAACAUAGACCCCAGGCACUUGUGCCACACAGCUCUGCCCCGAGGCAUCAAGAAUGAAUUGGAAUGUGUCACCAAUAUCUCCUUGGCAAAUAUUAUCAGACAACUGAGUAGCCUAAGUAAAUAUGCUGAAGAUAUAUUUGGUGAACUUUUCAAUGAAGCACACAGUUUUUCAUUUAGAGUCAACUCCUUACAAGAACGUGUAGAUCGCUUAUCUGUCAGUGUUACACAACUCGACCCAAAGGAAGAGGAAUUGUCACUGCAGGACAUUACAAUGAGAAAAGCUUUCCGGAGUUCCACAAUUCAAGACCAACAGCUGUUUGACCGCAAAACUCUGCCAAUUCCUUUGCAAGAAACUUACGACAUCUGUGAACAGCCUCCUCCACUUAACAUUCUCACCCCUUACAGGGAUGAUGGAAAAGAGGGUUUGAAGUUCUAUACCAAUCCUUCAUAUUUCUUCGAUCUGUGGAAGGAAAAAAUGUUGCAGGACACCGAGGACAAAAGAAAAGAAAAGAGGAAGCAGAAGCAGAAAAAUCUAGAUCGCCCUCAUGAACCAGAGAAAGUGCCAAGGGCACCUCAUGACAGACGGAGAGAGUGGCAGAAGUUAGCCCAGGGUCCAGAGCUCGCAGAAGAUGAUGCUAACCUCUUACACAAGCACAUUGAAGUUGCUAAUGGCCCAGCUUCACAUUUUGAAUCAAGAUCUCAAGCAUACGUGGACCACAUCGAUGGAUCGUAUUCCCUCUCUGCGUUGCCCUACAGCCAGAUGUCUGAGCUCCUGAACAGAGCCGAGGAGCGCGUGCUGGUCAGGCCCCACGAGCCGCCGCCGCCGCCUCCCAUGCACGGAGCCGCGGAAGCGAAGCCUGUGCCUCCCUGCGUUAGUUCUACUCCUGGCUUGGUAGAAAAUCGUCCUCAGUCACCAGCAACAGGCAGAACACCGGUGUUUGUGAGCCCCACUCCUCCUCCUCCACCGCCACCACCUCUUCCAUCUGCUUUGUCGACUUCAUCAUUAAGAGCUGCAAUGACUUCCACCCCUCCACCCCCAGUUCUUCAUCCAGCUCCACCUCCAGUUGCUCCUCCCCUAGCACAACCCUCUCCCCCUGUCACUAGAGCCGCCCAGGUGUGCGAAGCUGUACCUGUUCACCCAGUUCCUCCACAAGCCGAAGUACAGGGACUUCCUCCACCACCCCCACCUCCUCCCCUGCCACCUCCUGGCAUUCGACCCUCUUCCCCUGUCACAGUUGCAAACCUUUCUCACCCUCCUCCUGUUCUGCACCCUCCUCCAACAACCGUUGUCCCAGGCCCUCAUGCCCCCAUAAUGCCUCCAUCUCCACCAGCCCAAGUGAUUCCUGCCCCUGAGCCCAAACGCCAUCCUUCAACUCUUCCUGUAAUCAGUGAUGCUAGAAGCGUUCUGCUGGAAGCAAUACGGAAAGGUAUUCAGCUCCGCAAAGUUGAAGAGCAGCGGGAGCAAGAAGCUAAGCAUGAGCGCAUUGAGAAUGAUGUUGCCACUAUCCUCUCCCGUCGCAUUGCUGUGGAAUACAGUGAUUCAGAAGAUGAUUCAGAAUUUGAUGAAGUAGAUUGGCUAGAGUAAAACUAUUACAUUGCUGUAUACACUGCAAAAUCGAAUGCUAAUGUCCAUUGUGGUGCUUGUUCUUUGAAAGUUGAAUGGUCAUUUCUAGUGUUUUUUGUAUUCUUUUCUUAACAUAAUUAAUCCAUGUUUUUCUACUUUUCAGUUUACAAAGAGCUCCUAGUGCAUCUUCAAAACUAAAUGUUUUACAGUGGCUUUUCUUACACAUCUCUUUUGAAAGAACAUACUUUGUUCCAAUAGACCACUAAGUAUUAAGCGCAUGGGCAGCUGUUGGUAGAGUAGCAGUUUCAAUUUUUUGGCAUAUCUUAACUGUGCACUUUGUGAAUUUUAAGUUGAUGAAGGCAACUGAGAUUGACAUUCCAAGGGCAGCUGUGUGUACUAAUGAGCCUUAUUCCACUUCUGAUAGUGUUUUAAAAUGUUAAACCUAGCUAUCAAAAUAUCACUGCCUCGAUCACACCUGUACACUAAAAGUACAUAUAGUUAGCAGCACUGAACACACUGAAAAGCAAAUGGAUCUUUGGGGGGGUUUAUUAUUGGUUUAUUGUUGUUUUUAAAUAAUUAUGGCCUUAUUUGAAUGUUUAGAGAUUCCCCUUCCCUUCUUCCCUCCCAGGUACAUAUUGUGUGGUACUAUUUUUGCCUGCAUAAUAAAAGUUUAAAGUUUUUUUUUUCCUUGUGAAAUCUUUUGACUUAAACAUGCUGUGUAACUUAUGUAACUGUUAAAAUAACAGUUUGAUUUAAUAAAUGGUUCAUUUUAAAUGUU